GUAUACUGUACAGCGAAAGUACGUGCGAUGCGCUGUCCUGAACCGAACGCGUCGCGUUGACACGUGAUCGACGCGUUCCACGCCUCGCGCCAUCGCGGCUCUCCGUCCUGCAGUGAACUUGCUUCGGUCUCUCACAUCCUGUCUGGCAAGGUUCAAGUCAUGGCUUCUGCAGUAUCGAGACCUCUCGAAACCCUCGUGGUACUGCUCGCGGAUAUACAUGUAGCUGAUAUGAGGCUCAACUGCAUGCGCUCUCGCUCACCCUGGCACCAUGACUGACACUCAAAGCGUCCGCAAGCUCUACCAGCCUGUCCACCCCGACACUCUACCUAGGCUUGAUCCUGAGUUUGCUGCAUUUUGGAAUGCCAAUAAUGCCUACAUAGUCCCUCUGGAACAACAGCCCUGGGAUCCUGCGUGUCGGCAGUCCCUUGUGCUUGGAGGCCCGGAGCCCCCCAAAGUCGGCAAGGUCGAGGACGUACAGUUGAGCAAGUUCGACAUGCGAACCUUCACGCCGGAAGGGGGUCCUCCUGAGGGUGGCUGGCCUGUAUUCAUAUACCUUCACGGAGGCGGUUGGACACUCGGCACCAUCGCUACUAGCAACGCGUUUGCGGCUAACGUGUGCAAGCGUGCCAGUUGCGUAGUGGUGUCGGUGAAUUACCGCCUCGCACCUGAGGAUCCCUAUCCCGCAGCCGUCGAAGACGCUGUUGAGGCCUUGCACUGGGUGUACGACAAUGGAAAAUCGCUUCUGAACGCAAAUGUGUCGAAGAUAGCGGUGGGCGGCUCAUCCAGCGGCGGUAACCUGGCCGCAGUACUUGCUCUCGAAGCUGUUCAGGCGGAUCCCCCCAUCCCGCUUAUCUUUCAGCUACUCAUCGUUCCAGUCAUCGACAACACUGCCUCUCCGUUGGGCGUGCCCUUCCCAUCAUGGGCGGAAAACAAGAACACCGUGCAGUUGACACCAGCGCGCAUGCUCUGGUUCCGCGAUCAAUACCUUCCGAACCAAGUGGAUCGUGCGGCAUGGAGAAGUUCCCCCAUCUUCGCCCCGGAAGAGUUAUUCGGAAAGCUGCCGAAAGCGUGCGUCAUGGUAAUGGAGCUCGAUGUCCUCAGGGAUGAGGGUGUCGCCUACGCGGAGAAGAUGAAGCAUGCUGGGGUUGAAGUGGAAGUAAAGCUGUACAAAGCUGCUCCUCAUCCGAUUAUAUCAAUGGAUGGUGUCCUUCAAAUCGGCAGACGCGCUGUGGCGGAUGCCAUACAGGCACUCGCACAAGCGUUCGAUACGGCAUGAGCGAAGUCAUGUGCGCGGAUCGAUACAUCGCAUAUGAGAACGUCCUUUUUUUCACUGCAGCUUCCGGACAUCUACUGUUCGUGUAACGAAUUCAAGCGGUGAGCGCCUUGCGUGAUGCCUUCAACAUAGUAAACGGCUGUCCGCACUCCCGUGUUUGAUUUGUAUCUUGUCUUGAUGCUAUUUAGCUCGAAAUCUCAGACUUUCCGCGGUGGAUCGCAAUAUUGGUGCGACGACAGGCAGCCUGAGGUCUCCUGCUGUAAGCUGUGCUGUUGAUCCCACACCCGCC